CCGACUCCAUAAGGCCUGGGUGGGCUCAAGCCCCCUCAAAAAUAAUUUUGGGGGGCGGAGCCCCCCCAAAAUUUCAAUUGUCUAACUUAAAGAAUCUGUUAAAAGUAUACAGUUGACCGAGUAUCGGAAUUAUUGAAAACAGAAAACAGCGUUUUAAUAACUGUUAAAUAUUCUUGUCAUCCUUAAAAUUUAAAUUAAUCAAUUUCAAUGUUUAGAAAGUAAAGACUGUACUGCACACAGUCUUAAUUUAGCAGUUGAAGACAGUCUUCGGUGCCUGACUUGUAUGAGAGACAUUAUGAACCUUGCAAAGGAUCUAAUUAAUAAUAUUAGAGAAUCCCCAAAAAGGAUGGAACUAUUCAGAAGUGUAAUCAGUGCCAAUGCUACCGUUCUACAUGAUACAUCAGGAAUUCGACCACUUUGCCCAACUCGAUGGACAAUGAGAGCAUCAAGUGUGCAACAAAUCUUGAAGAAUUAUGAAAAUAUUUUGGAGUUGUUUGAAACCAUCUCUUCCUCGGAUAAGAACGAAGCAGGUUAUAAAUGUGCAGGCUUUUUGGAAUCAAUGCUGACUUUCAAGACUUAUUUCCUUUUACAGGUUUAUUGCUAUGUAAUGAACCCAGUUGAAGAGGUAAAUCGCAAAGUUCAAUCACCUGAUUUGAGCGUAACUGAUUUAGAAGAUAUGUUUAUUAACCUAGUCUGUAUUUUGGAAGAAAAGCGUGGAGGGUUUGAGGACUUCUGGAAGUUUUGCCUAUCAGUGAAGCCACCAUCAGUAGCUGAACCGGAACUAGCAAGAAAACGCCGCAUUCCUCAACGGUAUGAAGACAAGGAGGCUGGAGCACCCCACACAUUCAACACACCAGCUGAAUUUUUUAAAAUCAAAUACAUUGAAAUUUGUGAAACUGUGAGGUCUUGUGUUGCCAGCAGAUUUGAUGCAACAGGACUGUCAAAGGUCAUUGCAGUGGAAAGGGAGUGUCUGUCUGUUUUAAACGAAGGACAAAAAAGUGAUAUGACACGCUCUAAAGAGUUUUUUCAAAAUGAUCUGGACACUGACAGAUUAUUCUUACAUUUGUCAAUGUUAAGUGACAUUUCCAAACAAAAGAAGCUGCAACUUCGUACGUUGAAUGAUGUUAAAAAGUACUUUGAACUAGAACCCAGUGUGAAGGAAAUGUUACCAGAACUUGUGAAAGGCUUGAAACUGCUUCAAGUUGUGCCGGUGACGUCAGCAACUAACGAACGUUCAUUUAGUGCCCUGCGCCGCCUCAAAACCUACCUUAGAGCUACAAUGGGACAGAAAAGACUCAACAACUUAGCGAUAACUCAUGCUCAUCAAGAUAUUUUGGAAGAAAUAGACAUUUGUCAAGUCAUCAACGAGUUCAUUAAAAGGAAUCCAGUCAGAAGAUCCAGUUUUGCACUCUUCUAAGGACAAACUGUUCUGUUUUCUCUUCUAAGGAUAAAAGUUUCAGGUUAAGCCUCAAAUUCUGUUUACUUUACAUUCUGAUGUCAAUUUUUCAUGUCAUGUUUUUUAAAGACAGUUUUCAGCAAUUCUUUAUCUCAGAAUUCUGUUAUUUAGGCUACAAUAAUUUCAUUCAAUACUACUUAAAUUAUUUUUUAAAGAGGUUGGCUGUAUUUUAAACACAAAUACAAAAACACACAUACAUUUAAAAUACAAGAACUUUAUUUUUGAUUGAAACUUAUGUAACCUUUACCUAAAAUAAAUAGAAUAUUCUUGAUUGGAACUUAUGUAACCUUUACCUAAAAUAAAUAGCUUUUGAACCUCUUAGUAACAGUCAGUUUUGUUACCUAUUUUUUCAUCCAUACUUGAUUUUCUAACUUUGAAUUCUAAGCAAAUUAUCCUAUUAAAGAGCUAAGUUGAGAACAAAAUUUUUCAAUAGGCCUAGGUUUCAUAACAGGCGAUGGACCUAUUUAUUAAAACUUAUACAUGAAGUUGAUUGGUUUACUGUUAAUUACACUUUUAAUGUUGUUAUAAAAGAACAAAAACAAUGAGCAAUCUUCACUUAAAAAGUUGAAAAAAUACUUCAAACAAAUUUUAUACGCUCAAUAAAAAGCAAUUUUUUAUUUUAUUUUAGUCAAAACUUGAUUGUUACUCAUCAUCCAAACAAAUUGUAUUGUGUUUUGAGGUUUUUUUCCCUGGUUUAUUAAUACUGUGUAAGUAAAAAGAUAGCCUAAAAAUGCUUCUGAGCAC